AUGGCGUCUAUAGCUCAAUUCAUAGCAUUAUUUUUUGUUUCGGAUUUAUUUUUCUUUAUUCUACCAUAUUCUAAUGGAGGUGUUAAAUAUUUUGAUAAUUUCAACAAAACUUGGCCGUUUAUUCAAUGUAAAAUGGAUACGUUAAAUGUUUUGUCAAUUUUACCUGCAGCUUUAAUUGAAAUAUUUGCAUAUUUAAUAAUAUUUUUUUGUGGAUUCAAAAUGGUUAGAUAUGUCGAUUUAAACACUAAUCUUGAUGGAAACUUAAAAAAAUUAAAUAAACUUUUAACAAAAGUUUUGAUUAUUUUGGUAGGAAAAUUUUAA